AACAUUAGCAUUGGUGCUCUUGUCCCUCCCAGAGGGUGCUAACCCAGUUAGCUCUAUGCCUUCGCUUCCGCGUGGUGUUCGCUGGUCACGAGGUGGUUAAGCAGGCGCCAUUUCAUUCUCCGAGGUGUCGAGACGCACUGUGCAGCUGCAAAAGUGACGUGGCGGCUCAACAAUGGUGAAAAUAUUCAUCGGGAACUUGUCACCAGACACUACAUCAGACGAACUUCGCUCUCUCUUCUCCCAGUAUGGCAAGAUUGCAGAAUGCACUAUUGUCAAAAACUUUGGGUUUGUGCACAUGGAUGACAAAGCGGAAGCAGAGGAAGCCAUUCGCAACCUCCACCAAUAUGAGCUAAAUGGCCAGCCCAUGAAUGUAGAAUUGAGUCGUGGCAAGUCAAAAGGAUCCACCAAACUACAUGUUGGCAACAUUGCCUGUACCAACCAGGAGCUGAGGGCCAAGUUUGAAGAGUUUGGCAGUGUGUUGGAGUGUGACAUAGUAAAAAACUAUGCUUUUGUUCACAUGGAGCGAAUGGAAGAUGCCAUGGAGGCCAUUAAUCAGCUAGACAACACAGCUUUUAAAGGAAAACUGAUGAGCGUGAAGCUUUCGACUAGCCGCCUGCGUACGGCGCCGGGAAUGGGAGACAGAUCGGGUUGUUAUCGUUGCGGGCAGGAAGGCCACUGGUCCAAAGAAUGCCCUCUAGACCAAAAUGGCUACCACAGAAACGGCUCAGAGCCAAGGUCUGAUGGAUAUGACUCCUCGAGAUUUGGCGGCCGUGGUCACAGCCGGGGUUAUCCGGACUUCAGUGGCGAUCCAGAUUAUGGUGGUGGCUAUGCUUCUAUACAUGGUUAUUCCCGGGGUUCUGGUCACAGCAACAGCAUGACAGGGUACAGACGGGGUGCAGGCUAUGAGAGUGCAAUGAGAUACGGGCCGUACCCAGGUUACAGCAUGAGCGCUGUUGCUGAUCAUAGCAUGGCUCGGAUGUACAGCAGCGAGGCCGCAUACAGGAGCAACGGCUCACUCUAUGGCGCGGUACCAGCCUACCCGGUGCGACGGUCGCCUUAUGAGGGAAGGGAUCCGUACGGGGUCGUGGACUACUACGAGAAGUACAGGGCCAAUGCUUACGGAAGCAGUUAUUUCGAGGAACGCCGCGCUGUCCCCUUGCCUGCUCCAUCAACAUCCUCCUCUGCUGCUAUAAUGAGGGAACGUCUGCCCCCCUCUAGCCUUGACCCAUACCAGUGCCCUCCUUUCCCUCCUCCUCCAGCCCCAGUCUCCUCAUACUAUGCACGUGACCGGAGUCCGAUUCGGAGAGUCCCCGCUGAGGCAGAUGGAUACGCUUACGAGCGUUCGCGCCUUUCCCCAGUGUCCACCCUCCCAAGAAGUUCUACCUAUGAGCAUCCGCGGGAUACCGGUGCUGAGCGGGCUCGAUAUACAUACUAAUCUUUGUCCCAUCUAGCCAGGUGAGAGCCAGUUAAUGUUUAGCAGAUAGGAUAGCCUCAGUGCCAUUGGAUUCUGAAAAUUUAACCUUGAACAGUAUAUGUUAUAGGUAAUAUCAGGGGCAAAAGUCAGCCCACUAUGUACAAGUAUAUGAGGUGUCUGGGGAGUAAGAAAAAAAGCUUUCCAGUCAAAAUAGCCGAUGAUUAGAUGUCGGUGUGAAUGAUUGAAUACAUUAACAUUAUGCUAUGAUCGCAUUCCAGUUCGUACUGCAAAAUGCAGUACAACAAAUCUCAGCUGACCACCGUUCAUUGUCCUGUUAACAUGUUGUGAUAUUGUGGUGCAGUUCUGAGAUGACUCAGCCAAAGUAUGGAAUUGCAGAUACUGAGUUUAUCUACAGACUGGCUGACAUUAAUUCAUGGAGCAGCAAGAAAUUAACUUUUGCCACUUUGAAAGUAGCUACAUUUUCUUACAAUAUUUAGACCCAGUUAAUAGAAACGCAUUAGAUUAGGGCAUGGUGCAUGUUUUAAAGGUGAGUUGAUUAAAUUUAAGUUCCUUUUCAGCAGCAUUUAAUGUAAUACUUUAUGCAUUUUUAGUAUAUUUGUGUAAAUCCAUGUUGUUACUGCAUAUGUGAAUAAUGACAACCACUUUUAAAUACUGUAUACUACAUCGCUUCAUUGUUUAGGCUGAGGACAGUAAUGUCACACUUGUACAAAUGUGGAUAUGCACAGAGUUAAAAACUUGUCACUUUUUUGGGUUACAUCAGAUUUGAAAUUAAGUUAAACUUUUUUAUCAAGCUGCAGUUUUUUGUUUUUGUUUUUUUAAAUCAGUAGGCAUUAAAUUGCUUUUCAUUGCCGUGAUGUAUACCAUUAGUUGUAGUGGCAUAAGAAAAUGACCUUAGUUGUCAGUGCUGUCUGUCCAGAUUUCUAACUAUUAGGUUGAAAUUAAAGUGUAGUGGAUUAUCUGAAG